UGACCGCUGAAUGAUGCAUUGAACUGCACGGGGCGGAAAGGCUUUGAUUUCUGCUGAUGGUAAACACGACCGUUAGCCGGGAAGCUAACGGUUCAGCCCGCGCCCGCUUCAUUCUGCGCUGCAAACAUCGCGCUCACUCCGUUAACUCGUUAUUCACCGAUUAUGUGGCGCUUUGCCGUCAAUUUAUCGGGUAAAUAUCUGUUUACAGGCAUGGCAAACAUUUAAGCGCUUACAUUUGUGAUAAGUAAGAGCACAACGGGUCAUUCUCAAGGCCACGGAUGGAACCGGGGCGGCAGCGUGAGAAUCCCCCCGGGUCCGGGGAACCCGAAACAGGCGAGUGGAGAGAGGAGACCUCCGGGGUGGAGGCUGGAGAGAGGGACGGUACCCUUAAAAACAGAAGCGGGGAUGGCGGAAACGAGGAGAUAAAGAGUAAACCGGAAAACAGCGACAUGGUAGUGAAAGAAAAGGAUGAGUAUGAUGAUGAUGGGCAGUAUGAGGAAGAGUUGGACCCCAGGAUUCAGGAGGAGCUGGAUCACUUGAAUGAGGCCAGUGAUGAGAUCAACAGACUGGAACUACAGCUGGAUGAGGCCAGAUCCAGCUAUAGGAGGAUUCUUACAGACUCUGCACGAAAACUCAACGCUCAGGGCUCUCAGCUGGGAACUUGCAUUGAGAAAGCCAGGCCUUACUAUGAAGCUCGUAGACUCGCUAAAGAGGCUCAACAGAAGACCCAGGAGGCAGCGUUGAGGUACGAGCGAGCUGUCUCCAUGCACACAGCUGCCAGAGAAAUGGUUUAUGUAGCUGAGCAAGGUUUAUUGGCUGACAGGAACACAUUGGAUCCUACCUGGCAGGAAAUGCUAAACCACGCUACAGCCAAGGUGAAUGAAGCCGAGGAGGAGCGUUUAAGGAGUGAGAGGGAGCACCAGCGCGUCACUCAGCUCUGUCAGGAGGCAGAGGCGCGUGUGCAGACCCUGCAGAAAGCCCUCAAGAGGGUCAUUAUCAAGUCCAAGCCUUACUUUGAGCUCAAGGCUCAGUUUAACCACAUCUUAGAGGAGCACAAGUCCAAAGUCGUCCAGCUGGAGGAGCGGGUGGCAAAGGUGAAGACCCGAUAUUCCGUCGCCCUCCGCAACCUUGAACAAAUCAGCGAGCAGAUCCAUGCGCAAAGGGGGCGUCUCCGUGCCGCCAGAGAGCGGAACCGAGCCCGUGGUGGGCGGAGCUCACCGGUUGGGGCGGAGUCCGAAGGUGUUAUCCAGGCGGGGGCGUAUGGGGGUGUGAUAGCAAAUCCUCUAAUGGAUAAUGACUGGGCAGAUCAAGAGAAAACCAGGCAGUGGGUGGAGAAACACAGGGAGGCAGGGUGGGGCCAGAGAGAACAGGCAAAGAGGACAGGGUCAGACUCCAUGUCGGUCAUCAGCCUGCAGACCAUCGCCUCUGACCUGGAGAAAUUCGAUUCGGUGGAGCACCUGGGCGAUCUCAGUGACGUCGGGAGCAUAAUAGGAGAGGAGAAGGAUUCGGAAAGCGAGAGAGGAUUUAGGGCCGAAGAUAGACGAAUAGUUAGAGAGGUGGGAAACAUCUCAAGGCAGGACAGAGGUGACGCGGAUAAAGAUGACUCAGGGACGGAAAGGCAGCAAAGGGAAAAGGAGAGGGAGAGCUUUGUGAAGCAGCACCACAGAAGUGUUAGUUUGUGAGAAAACAAGGAGAAAUUCGAGUUGUUUGCUAAUCCACCCUGGUCCUGAAGAGCUUAACCUUGCCUGCAGGCUUUCAGGCGAGCUUCUCGCCAGACUACAAAUUAAGAAUAAGACCUUGAACAACAAAAACAGUUACUUUAAGGUGAAGUGUGUAAUUUAUGUGCCACCAAGUGGAAUUGUGAAUAUAAUGACGCUUUACGCCCUAAACUCACCCCAUUGGUUAAGCCAUCGUUGCGCAAAUGUAUGUACACUUUUCAUGCAAAAUGAAGACCGUAGCUGGAAGAUCUCAGAUUACACACUUCCACCUUAAAGGGAUAGUUCACCCAAAAAUGAAAAUUCUGUAUUCCUGUAUGAAUUUUUUUGUAAUGAGCACAAAAGAAUAUAUUUUGAUAAAUGAUGGUAACCAUUGACUUCCAUAGUAGGAAAAACAAAUAUGAUGGAAUUCAAUGGGUACCGUCAACUGUGUGCUUACCAUCAUUCAUCAAAAUAUCUGCAUCAUUUAUCACAAUACUUUCAUAAUAUUUAUUUUUCCUACUAUGGAAGUCAAUGGUUACGGCAGCUGUGUGCUUAUCAUUUAUCAACAUAUCUUAAUUUGUGAUCAUCAAAAAAAACCCACCUCAUACAGGUUUAGAACAACAUGAAUAUGAGUAAAUGAUGACAGAAUUUUCAUUUUUUUGUGAACUAUCCCUUUAACGCCAUAGUCGCUAACAGGCUACCGUAUGGUUUACAUGAGAGGUGGGCUCCUCCUGGGAUUGUCCAGGGGCAGAAAUGAUUACGAAUCAAUUUUCAGAUGUAAGCAAUAGAGUAAUCAAGAGAAAAAAAGAAAGUAAUAACACAUUUACACUGAUUGACAUGACAUUAUUGUAAUGCGCACUAUAGCAGACGUGGUCCGAAUGUUCUCUGCAAAUUAAUGAAUAACAAUGAGAUGGGGGGUGGGGGUUCAGUCGGUCAGCAGUGAUUUGUAGUUCUAGCUCUCUGAUCAUGACUAUGCGCUACCAGCUUGGUCUAGCGGGUAAAAAGCGUUAAGAAAACAUGAAAGGAAACUAAAGAUAUUUAAGUAAAAUGUGCGAAUUCACAGGAGUUAUCACCGCAUCAGAAUUUGAUCUAUCGGACUAAUGUCUUUGUUUCCCAUCUCCAGAUUUCUUUCGGCUAGUAGAUAUCUGGAGUAAUGUUUUGGUUUGGCUGUAGAUGAUGGCAAUGUGCAGUGCAAAAUAUGGCAUCUUCAAGAUCAUUUAGCACCUUAAACGCAAAUGGGUGUUUUCACACUUGGUUAAUUUCAGGGGUCAGAGAGAGGUUUGAGAUAUAUAAAUAUCUGAUUUACGGGCAUCUUUAAAAUGAAUUUUUUAAUCUCACUCAAGUUGUUACAAACAUGUAUAAAUUUAUUUAUAAAAUUUAAAGGGAUAGUUCACCCUAAAAUAAAAAUCUUGUCAUCAUUUUCUCAUCCUCAUGUUGUUCUAAAUCUGUAUGAAUUUCUUUUUUCUGAUGGACACAAAAGAAGAUAGUUUAAUAAAUGAUGGUAAACACACAGCUGAUGCCAUUGCCUUCCAUAGUAGGAAAAACAAAUAUGAUGGAAUUCAAUGGGUGCCGUCAACUGUGUGCUUACCAUCAUUUAUCAAAAUAUCUUCUUUUGUGUUUAUCAGAAAAAAAGAAAUUCAUAUAAGUUUAAGGAUGAGAAAAUUAUGCCAGAAUUUUCAUUUUUGGAUGAACUAUCCCUUUAAUAUAAAUAUGAAAUAUAAAAUAUUUUCAAAAUAUCUUCCUUUGUUUUCAGCAGAACAAAGAAAUGUAUACAGGUUUGUAACAACAUGAGAGUGUACGGAAGAGGAUUAGGGCCACUGGUGAAAAAAAUAUUUAAAUUCUGACUUUAUUCUCAGAAUUCUGAGAUUAAAGUCAGAAUUCUGAGAAUAAAGUCAGAAUUCAAAUAUUUUUUUCACCAGUGGCCCUAAUCCUCUUCCGUAAUAGUGAGUAAAUAAUGACAGAAUUUAAAUGUUUGGGUAACUUAUCCCUUUAAGUUGUAUGUUGUCUGACUUCAGUUUUUUUUUUUUAAAUAGUUACGCAUUAUAAAAACAAAUGUUACCAUACAAAGCUAAUGAAUACACACACUGACACUGAGGAGAUGAAUUGCUGCUGCUGAUGCUUAUUUUAGUUUUAUUUUAUUUUUAAAAAGUACAAAAGCUGUCAAGUGAACAAACCCAUGCAUCGUCUGUCGGUUUUAAGCGGAAACGAGAACUUGCGAAAAAUAGCAAGACUGCACUUAAAUAUUGUAGAAUGAAGAAAUUUCUUGCAGUUGUGUGGUAAUUGUGUUGUUUCUAAUAAAAAUUAUAGUAAGAGAGAAAAAUAGAAAGAAUUUAUAUUGUAGUGGAGUGGGUUACAAAAAACAAUUGCGUGAAUGGUAAGUGGACUGUGACUUGAGAAUGAGAGCCCACUUUCCAACUGUGAGUUUGCACCAGACGCGAGUUCAACGAUUUGCGCGAGUAGAUUACAUACAAAGCAAUGCAAAGACGCGAUCAGACGCGUCCUCGCGUGAAUGACGCGAUAUGGCCGUCACGUUUGCAGCGA